AUGGCGGCUGCCGGUGGAGAUUCCGCUGCCGAGGGUGUUAGCUGUGACGAUGCGUUUCAGACGUUUUAUUCAGAGGUGAAGCAAAUUGAGAAGAGAGAUUCUGUGUUAACCCCAAAGCAGCAAAUUGACAGGUUGCUGAGGCCAGGUUCGUCCUACUUCAAUCUGAACCCGUUUGAGGUCUUACAGAUUGACCCAGACGCGUCAGACGACGAGAUUAAGAAACGGUUCAGGCAGCUAUCCAUCUUGGUCCAUCCAGACAAGAACCAGGAUGAUGCAGAUAGAGCCCAGCAGGCAUUUGAAGCUGUGGACAAGGCGUACAAAUUGCUUCUGGAUGCAGAGCAGAAGAAGAGGGCGAUUGAUGUGAUCCAGGCGGGGAGGGAGUAUGUGGAGCACAUGAUGAAAGAGAAGAGGAAGCAGCUGAAAAAGGAGGGAAAACCGCUGGUGGUGGAGGAGGACGACCCAGAGCUGUUCAGACAGGCAGUGUAUAAACAGACCAUGAAGCUGUUUGCUGAGUUGGAGAUUAAGAGGAAGGAGAGAGAAGCCAAGGAGAUGCAUGAGAGGAAAAGGCAAAGGGAAGAGGAAAUUGAAACCCAGGAGCGAGCGAAGAGAGAGAGGGAAUGGCAGAAGAACUUUGAGGAAACGAGGGAUGGCCGCGUGGACAGCUGGAGGAAUUUCCAGGCAAAAGGAAAGAGCAAGAAAGAGAAGAAGAACAGAUCUUUUCUCAAACCCCCCAAAGUGAAGAUGGAGCAGAGAGAGUGAGAGUGGUCUGGUCACACCAGAAUGUGUGUGCGUGCGCGUGUGCGCGUGCGUGCGUG